ACGAGCACACUCUUUUCAAAUUCUCUCCCCAUAUACUCUCUCUGUCUCUCUCGCUCUCUCGCUCUCUUUCUUUCUCUCUCUCUCUCUCUCUCUCUCUCUCUCUCUCGUUUGUUCUCAAUGUCUGUGUCAAUGUCAAUGGAUGAUCUAAGAGCACUAAGAUACUAUGAUCCAUCCAUACCGAAAUUUACACCAAAUCAAAAGAGGAUUCUGUAUCCAAUGUUCAAAGAUUUUGAACUGAUAGAAAUUAAAGGUAGAAAGUUCAGUGAUCUUAUCAAGUGCAGACAGCGUUUUACAGGUCAAUUAGUAGCUCUCAAGAUUCUCACCAUUCCUGAAAAUGAGAAAAAGAAUGGAGUUCCUCACAGUAUUCUAAAUCACAUCUCUAUCGUGAGAUACUUAAAUCAUCCCAAUAUUGUCAGGUUGCUGCAAGUGAUAGGCACUGAGGAUGAUGUGUUUCUUACUUUUGAAUAUCUUAACGAUAGUCUUAAAAGAUACCUUUUCAAUCCGUUGCUUUUUGGCGUUAAAAAAGUAAUGCAGAGAUCUCUUCUACGUCGAGCUCUUUCUGGAUUGGCAUACUGUCAUUCUCAAAAUAUUCUACACAGAAAUCUGAGUCCUUAUAAUAUUUCGAUUCAAUACUGUGAAGAUGCAGUGCUUAAUGAAGUGAAGCUCACUGACUUUACUGCUGCCAUAACUAUGGAACCUCCUCUUCCACCAUACUCUAUUAAUAUAGGUUAUCCUCGUUAUAAAGCACCUGAAAUUUUGUUGGGUUCUACCAAUUACUCAACUGCAGUUGAUAUCUGGUCUAUGGGCUGCAUAUUUGCUGAGAUCUUUAUUGGCAAACCUCUGUUCCAUGGUAAAGAUGCACCGAAGAUUUUGGCUCAGAUAUUUUGUUUGCUUGGUACGCCAACAGAAGAAACAUGGCCUGGUGUGUCUUCUAUAUGCAACUUUGUUGAAGCGUUCGACCCUCCAACGAAGCCCAAGGACCUCGCAUUAAAAUUUCCUGGUAUUGAUCCUGCUGGUGUUGAUCUGGUUUCGAAAAUGCUUUGUCUGUGCCCAAAUAGCAGGAUUUCAGCUCAAGAAGCUGUUAACCACCCAUAUCUUCGACCUUGACCACCCACUAAUUCAUUCUCUCUUCCCUUGUAUACAUCUUACAGAACAAUUUUAUAAAAUCUUACAAAUCCUGCUGCUAUAUGAUGUAUGUAAAAGCCAUAUGACUUUAAUAAUUCCUUAAAAUCUGCUGGACAUAUACUUAUGUCUAAUUAGUUUCAAUGCAAGUUGAAAUUGAAAACUGAGAUUUAAA